UAGACUUUCAAUGAUGUGCAACACACCCAUAAUAAAGAUGUUGCCCGCCUGCCGCCUGCCGCCUGCUCCCCCAACGUAAUCCCCGGGCCCUCCCCUCUCUCUGUCCAUCUACACUAUCAUGUCCGACAUCGAAAACCCGCCUGAGAAGGCGUUGCCUGGCAACGCCAGUGACGAGAAAGCCGGCGCGAUUCUUAAGCACGCCGACCGCAAUGAUGCCGACGACGCUCUCAAGGUGCUCCAGGGCGAGAACGGUGAGGUCAUCGAGCUUACGCCCGAGGACGAGAAGAGACUGCUGAGGAAGAUCGACUGGAACCUCAUGCCGCUCCUGUGCUUGGUCUACGGCCUCAACUACCUCGACAAGACUACCGUCAGCUACGCCUCUGUGAUGGGUCUGAAAAGGGACAUUAACCUUACCGGUCACCAAUACAGCUGGAUCGGGUCAAUGUUUUAUUUUGGCUACCUGUUUUGGGAGUACCCUACCAACCGUCUGCUCCAGCGACUCCCCCUCGGGAAAUGGAGCGCCUUUAAUGUCAUCAUGUGGGGUCUAGUUCUCUGCUGCAUGGCUGCCACCAAGAAUUUCGCUGGAGCCAUGACCGUGCGGUUCUUCCUCGGUGUGUUCGAAGCUGCCGUCACCCCCGGCUUUGCUCUUUUCACGUCUCAGUGGUACACUACCAAGGAGCAAGGAGCGAGGACAGGUAUAUGGUUCUCCUUCAACGGCUGGGGACAGAUCCUGGGUGGUUUCGUCGCGUACGGAAUUGCCGUCGGCACGGCCAAGAAUCCCUUGGCCAUUGAGUCCUGGCAGUUGCUGUUUUUGGUGAUUGGACUGUUUACUGCUCUUAUCGGUACCAUCUUCCUCUUCGUAAUGCCCGACAACCAAAUGAACGCACGCUUUCUCUCGGAGAAGGAGAAGGUUCUAGCCAUAGAACGCAUCAGGGUGAAUCAGCAGGGCGUUGGCAACAAGCACUUCAAGUUCUACCAGUUCAAAGAGGCUUUGACGGACCCUAUGGUCUGGGCCUUUGUGUUUUAUAGCCUCGUCGCGGACAUACCAAACGGAGGGAUAAGCAACUUCUUCAGCCAGCUUAUUGUGUCAUUUGGCUUCACAAAUGAGCAGUCCCUGUUGUUGGGAACACCAGGCGGAGCAGUUGAGGUCAUUGCCCUUGUCGCUUGUGGUAUUUUGGGCGAUCGCCUGAGGAACCGACUCCUUGUUUGCACAAGCGGCAUGGUCCUCGCCCUACUGGGAAUGCUACUUAUCACCUGCCUCGGUAAUGACCACAGGAUCGGCCGGCUCAUCGGCUACUAUCUAACACAAGCCAGCCCUACGCCCUUUGUCGCCAUAUUAUCCCUCAUUUCCACGAACGUCGCCGGCUGGACAAAGAAGACCACCGUGGCGGCUAUGUACUUGAUUGGCUACUGCGUAGGCAACAUUAUCGGACCGCAAGUAUUCCGCGAGAAGGACGCGCCGCAGUACAGGCCUGCCGAGAUCACCAUCGUCGCUUGUUAUGUGGUCAACUUAUUGACCAUCGGUUUCAUCUACUACUGGUGUCGUUAUCAGAACAAGAAGAAGGCAGAGCUCAGGGCUCAGCCUGGGUAUGUGAAGAUAGAGGGCCAGGAGUUCUUCGACUUGACGGACAGGGAGAAUCCGGAAUUUAUCUACUCUCUGUGA